UGAUGACUCGGAGUCAGCAGGGGAAGGAGGUUGAAUCGGUCCCGGGUCUCAGUUGUUUCUCCUCCUCCGUCCGCAUAACAUCGACGCGACCCGUCCACCGAAGUGCCUCUUUACCUCCGCUUAGUGUUUUUAUUAUUAUUAAUUUUUAAAACGUUUUGGAUUGGAAAUGUCGAAUCCCACUCAGUUUUUACGGUCGGAAAGUUGCCAAGACGCGUUUAGCCAAGAAACCUAAUCAGUAUUCAGUUGUAGGAAUGAAACGAAAGUAAUUGAAUAUGCAGGAUUACAUUUACUCCCGUGAUGAUAUUAUGCUAGGUGUUUAUCAGCCGGCCGGUAUCAUGAUUUCGUUCUGAUAUCUCGCAUAACUGUCUAUAGCGUCAUCAUUUUUCGCAGUUGUGACCGGUUUGUCCGAAAAUAUUAAUGCUUUCGUUCAAGUCUUAGUCGGAUGACCUCAAUUCUGGCAAUCUUAUUAAAUAAUCUGUCGAAAGCAUGAUGGACGAACUCUGAUGUGAUCGCCGUACCGCAAGGCAGAAAUAAAAGGAGAUGGAUAACACGAAAAUUAAUCCAACGGAAAUGGGAUUUCAGUUGGAAGAAACGCUAGACCCAAUGACGAAACACACAAACCUCAUAUCCUCAGCAGUUAUGAGACUGCCUGCACUAUAGCGACGCACUGACGCCACAAGAAGUGUGACAAGGAUAUGAAGUUGACUGGUCAACAGGCUUGCUUCUUAGCAGUACUCUCUCUCGCAGUCUUCUCUGUCUCCACAUAUUUCGUUUCGAAAAAUCCCACAAAUUUACGACGACCCAGAGUGGUUAACGUUGUAACGACCUUAGGCGACUUCCAGGAAGCAGACCUAGAGCAACUCACAGUUCAGGUGGCAGAGGGUAAACUUCAGCUUGCAGAGAGUGCAGUUCAACUUGCAGAGAGUAAACCCCAAUUGGCAGAGAGUAAAUCCUCAAAUAUUUCGCUAGUCACCAGUAGACCCUUGGAAAACAAGUGUAACGUUUCGACGGAGCCAGUAUUGUCUAUCGCCCCUUGGCAAAGAGUGACUUACCCAGGGAAACUAUGGAAGGGCCUCCAACUCCCGAUGAUAGCCAUUGGAAGCUCUGGAAGGCUUGGGAACCUCAUGGGGAAUUACGCUUCGAUAUUCGGCCUAGGUCGCACUUACAACACGACUGUGAGGAUUGACGUGGGAUUACAGAAGCAGCUCGUCAAGAUAUUUCCACGUAUCACAAUCCCCUCCAUUGACACAAAUGCAUCCAAGGCAGAGUUACACAAGUUGCCCUACCUCGGGAAUUACGUCUAUGGGGACAAAGAAGCAGCAGCAGCUGGCCUCUUAGGAGCCUACGCUUUCCUCGCCGAGGGAUAUCCAAUAGAGAUACAGCUGUUCCAUGCAUAUGGCUGUGAAAUUAGGAAUGAAUUUACAUUUGCACCAGACAUACAAGAAAAGGUACAGAAGUUUUGGGUGGCGAAGAAAAACUUCAUCAAAGAUACCGUCCUGGUUGGCUUCCACAUAAGACGUAAGGAUUACCUGAAGUAUGUUAAGCGCAGAGGAGAGCAGAUGCCGAAUCAGACGUACUACAACAACGCGAUGAAAUUCUACAAAGACAAGUUUCCGAAGGUCGUUUUCGUCAUUGGUUCAGAUGACGCGAAGUACAUCAAGGCAGAGUUCAAAGGUCGCCCAGAGGUCAUCUUUGUGCCAGGCAAAAGCCCGGAGGAAGACAUGGCCAUCCUGGCGUCUUGUAACCACAGCAUCAUAACCGUCGGUACGUUCGGCUUCUGGACGGCGUACCUGGCAGGGGGGCUCGUCGUUUAUCCAGGUGACUUCUUCAUCCCCAACUACCCCCUCCAGAAGGACAGGUACGAAAGAGCCAGCAUGGAUCGCUUCGUCCCGAUUUCUCGUACCUGACGUCUGACGCUCGUCUUCCAUUGGUGGAGAGACGGAAAUCCUGAGCAUUUCCUCUGAAGUACUAAUUUAUUUCACGCCUAGACUUGCCACAGCACUUGUGCUGCGAAGUACUUACUACAUUCAUCGUUCAUUCUUGCCUACAUAUAAGUUCUCUGGAACUUGAUGUAUCGGUGCCAUUACAUUAUUCGGUCAUUGCCUCACAUACACA